GAGACAGACGUUGUUUCGAUGGGCGCGGGAGCAUCUAAGGAGCAGCCAGGGCACAAAGCAGCAACGGCAAGUGGGACAGAGAAUCACUCGCAAAUGAGCACCAAUCUUCUCGGCAGGAUUGCCGAACCUAACAAGGGUGACAAGCCGACAAUCCGACCAGACAGCUCGUCGUCUCAGCAGCCGCAAUCACCACCGGCGCCGGUGUCUCUCCCCCGACAGGAACACCUCGACUCGUCGAUCCAGUCCAAAAUUCGCGAUGAGCUGAGCCGGCUCAAGAAGCAGGAGGCCACUGUGCGGCAGCAGAUCGAGGCCGCUCUGGAAAAGGAGAGCCUGGAUCGAGCAUCGCAGUCGGCGUCCAAGGGUGCAAAGGGAAAGUCUAGCAUCUUGCUCCGUCAAGAGCUCGACGACGUCCGUUCCAAGAUCGAGCGGCACACUCAGAGGAAGCAAAAGGUUGAAAAGGCACCUGGCGUAAAGGAAGCGAGGAGUGAGGUGCUCAAAUGCUACAACGAAAAUCCAGGGCGGUCACUUGAGUGCUGGGCCCAGGUUCAGAACUUCAAGGAUGCCGUCGCAAGAGCAGAAAAGGACUUUGUCGCAUCCAUGGCCAGCUAGAUUUCCAAACGAAUGGCAAUGCAUUUACACGGGUCCAACUUUUUGACCGGAACGUAGGCCCAAGCGACCCUGCUAUGGUGAAGGCUCUAUUGAAUCUUGUCUUGGUUAUCGAGAACUCUUCGGAGUGGACCCUAGCCCUGAGAGAUAUGAUUUGAUUGACAGUCCGAGCCAUCGUACGACCUCUUCGUAGAGGGUCUCGCAGCCAGACCGCACAAAGAUCUUCGUAGCCGCUCGAUGCCGCGCCUUUCAGCUCAUUGGCAGAGGGAUCAGAGGUCAGAGUAUAGAACAGUACCUCAAAUGAAGAAGAGGGCUCUUCACUUGCUUCCAGAUUUGAACGGAACGAAAUAGAGCUCCCGGGGGACCGUGUGACGAGAGUAGAGAAAGCCGGGGACGAGGAGCGCCCUCCCUGAACCCAGCCGCGCGGCCUUUUUUGCACAUGUCAC